AUGCUGAACAACAACAAUAGCCCAUAUCUCCCCCUCAUAAACUAUCAACUAAUAGUCUAAUACUGUAGUGCUUGGAAGAAGAAGAAAAAAAUGUCUCCUCCCUUCCUAGCCUCUCUCUUGCUCAUAUCCAUCGCCUUUACCUCUGCCUCUGUUGUGCCACUCCAGCCUGGAUUUUACGCCGAGACGUGCCCGGAAGCUGAAUUCAUAGUCAAGGAUGUGAUGAGGAGGAACAUGAUUAGAGAACCAAGAAGUGCUGCCUCAGUCAUGCGUUUUCAAUUCCAUGAUUGUUUUGUUAAUGGUUGUGAUGCUUCUAUGCUGCUCGAUGACACACCAAACAUGCUAGGAGAGAAGCUCUCUCUGUCCAACAUAGAUUCUUUAAGGUCCUAUGAAGUUAUUGAUGAAAUUAAGAAAGAGUUGGAGAGGGUUUGUCCUGGGACGGUUUCUUGUGCAGAUAUAAUCAUCAUGGCCUCUAGAGAUGCAGUUGUCCUGAGCGGAGGACCUGAUUGGGAAGUGAAGUUAGGGAGGGAAGACAGCUUAACAGCCAGCCAAGAGGAUGCCAACAAUAUCAUGCCCAGUCCAAGAGCUAAUGCAAGCCUUCUCAUGGACCUCUUUGAAGGAUACAAUCUCUCUGUCAAGGAUAUGGUAGCCCUUUCAGGGUCACAUUCUAUAGGUCAGGCUCGGUGCUUCUCUAUAGUCUUCAGGCUCUAUAAUCAAUCAGGCUCUGGCAAGCCUGACCCAACAAUUGAGCCAAGGUAUAAAGAGAAGCUGAACAGGCUUUGCCCACUCGGUGGAGAUGAAAAUGUGACGGGAGACCUCGAUGCAACACCAACUAUGUUUGAUAACAGAUAUUUCAAGGACUUGGUUGCUGGGAGAGGGUUUCUUAAUUCUGACCAAACACUUUACACAUUUCCUGAAACAAGGAAGUAUGUAGCCCUUUUCAGCAAAGACCAGCGGGCAUUUUUUAACGCCUUCGUUGAGGGCAUGAUAAAGAUGGGUGAUCUGCAGUCUGGGCGGCCUGGAGAGAUUAGAAGCAAUUGCAGGAUGGUCAACAGCCGGCCUGUUAAUGCACUGUUGGAGUCUUGAGUGAGAGAUUAGGCUUAGUAUACAAAUACAAUAAGAUUAAAUAUAAUUCAUCUGAUGAAAAAUGUCUUCUGGGAUAAUGCUAGGAAUGGUGAUCAAAUUCUUAAGUGGGAUUAUUGAUUACUAUCAAUUUUAUCCUUAUGAAGGAUGCCCCUUGAUGGUAUCCUUGGAAAUUUAAAUAUUACUCCUAGAAGACUAUUUUGUUGA